AUGCCGGCCAUAAAAUCACGUGAUAUUUACAAUUCAAAUUUAAUAGUUGAUGACGACAUGGUAAAAUUUAGAGAAUGGAAUAUUCAAGAAUUAUGUUUUAAACGAAAAGGAGAAUCGGAAAGAGUCAAUGUCAAAAAUUCCAGUAAUACAUCUCACGUUUUUAUUCUUUUGGUGAACUUUUAUAUCGUAAGUGACGCUUCUCCAGUUCCAUACCAUCGAACAAAUACUCUCAAUUUAUCUUCUUUAACAUAUGCAACUUUGGCUGUUCCAGGUACAAUUUGUUUAAGAUCCAAAUAUUUUAUAUCUCUUUCCUCAAAUUCCCCCUCAGUGGCGAAAAUUGAGGUAGUAACAAAGAGAAGAAGAAAUGCGAGAACAAAUGUUAAGGCAAAUUGA